ACAAAGUAUUGAAAGUAAACAACACUAAACUGAUUAUUAAACUAAACCUGUCAGGUCAUAACAUGUUCAGAUCAGACAGAGACAUUGAUUUGAUACUCAUUGGAAAAACAGGCAAUGGGAAAAGCUCUACUGGGAACUCAAUCCUCAAUAAAAAAUCAUUCAAGACUUCAGCAGGCAGACAUUCCUGCACAACUUCCUUUGAACAAGAUUCCUGUAUCUACAAGGGUAAGAGAACUAUUAAAGUGGUCGAUACAAUGGGGAUCGAUAACAACAGAGAGAAUAAUGAAGGCCUACUUACUUUUAUUAACAAGAUGACAGAAAUAUUUGAUGAAAAAAGCUCUGGAUACCAUGCCUUUGUGUUGGUUUUUCGAUUUGGUGUCAGAUUUACAAAUGAAGAAGUACAAACAAUCACAAUACUGAAACAAAUAUUCGGUGAAAGUUUCUUAAAAGAGUUUGGUAUUAUAAUCAUGACUUGUGGGGAUAAUUUUGAUCAAGAAGUAACAUUUGAGAAAUGGUGUGCGGAGCAGACAGGUUAUUUUAGAGAUCUUGUCAGGGAAUGUAGAGAAAAUAUUAUUUUGUUUAACAACAAAAGAACAGUUGAUGAUGACAAGAAGCGCGAAAAGCAAGUUGAAAAACUUAUAAACAUGAUAGACUCACUGAAUCAUUCGCGUAAGCGUUAUACGAAGCAACAGUUUGAACAGGCAAAACUGGGCAGAGACAAACUUUUAAUGCAGAUGAACCAGUCUAUUAUUAAAGAACAGUAUAACAAGCAGUUUGAACCAAUUAUUAAGCAGCUAGUGAAUACAUUCCUUGAUGAGCCUGAAAAUAGGAUUAAAGUUCUAAAAGAUCUUAAACAAAAGUCUAUUUGUAUUUUGAAGUUUCUUUUUGAAUCAGGAGAAGAAUUGGUGAUUCUUAAUGAUUUGAUUAAUUAUGCCAGAGUAGCAGUGGUUUCCAUUAAUGAUCAACUUUUUUGCACCGUUCUUUUUGUAGAGAUUCUUAAAGAGAAAGAAAUAGGAAAAUCAUUGAAACAAACUGUAAUUAAUUACAUUAAAGAAAUGUAAAGAGUUUUUAAAUAAAGUAAGAAAUUUAGUUU